AUGAACAAUUUAGUGAUUUCGCUGUUGGUGAUAGCCCUGGUGGGUCAACACCAAAUCAGCGCCAAGAGCCUGUUCAGUUCUCCUCCAGUAGUAACAUCUUCAUCGGAUAAUUCUUCUAGCGUUACCAAAAGUUCAGACACAGAACUAACCUGUGCCUGCUCCUGUUCCAGUGAUCCAAUCCCCUCCAAUGUUGCAGGCAGUAUUGCUAGUGGAGUAGCCAAUGCUGCUCAUGAUGUGGCUGGAUCAGCAGGAACUAUCGCUCAUGACAUUGGAAGCGCUGCUGGAAAUAUUGGUCAAGCUGCGGGAAAUGCUGCUGGAAAUGCUGCCCACGACAUUGCUGGAUCGGCUGGAACUAUCGCUCAUGAUAUUGGAAAUGCUGCUGGAGAUAUUGGUCAAGCUGCGGGAAAUGCUGCAGGAAGCAUUGCUGGAGAUGCUGGAACCGUAGCCCAUGACAUUGGAAAUGCUGCUGGAGAUGUUGCAGGAGCUGCAGGAAAUGCUGCAGGAAGCAUUGCUGGAGAUGCUGGAACCGUAGCCCAUGACAUUGGUAAUGCCGCUGGAGAUGUUGCAGGAGCUGCGGGAAAUGCGGCAGGAAGCAUUGCAAGUGCUGCUGGUAAUGCGGCUCAUGAUGUCGCAGGAGCUGCUGGAACUAUUUAUCACAAUGUUGGUAGAGCUGGUGGAAAUAUUGGCAACGAUAUUGGAAAUGCCGCUGGAAAUAUUGCAAGUAGCAUCGCCAAUGCUGUUGGAAAUGGAGUCAAUUCGGCCGCGAAUGCCGCCAGCAAUGCAGCUGGAAAUGUAGCCCAUGUCUCAAGCCAUGUUGCAGGUGAUCUUGGAAAUGCUGCUUCCAAUAUUUUCGGACAUAUUGGUAACACGGCUGGCCAUGUCGCCGGAGACAUUGCUAAUACAGCUGGCAAUGUUGCUGGUGAUAUUGGUAAUGCCGCUGGUAAUGUUAUCAGCGGAGCUGCUAAUACUGCCAGCAAUGUGGCCGGAGAUAUUGGCAAUACUGCCGGCAAUAUUGCAGGAGAUAUUGGAAAUGCUGCCGGAAAUAUUGCCAGUGAUGCUGCAAAUGCGGCAAAUAAUAUUAUGCACUCCAUUGCUGGUAUAUUUUAA